CAUACCACAUCGCCAUCAGCAUGAUCAGACCUCCAGUUUUGGCGCUUUCGUCUGCAAACUGCGUGUCGAUUCUCGCUCUCGGUUCUCGUUCUUCAACCAGUUUCCCUGAACUUUUUGCGUGUCUUAUAUUGUAUCAUAUUUCCUAUUUAGUUUGUUAUUUUUGUAAUACGUGUGCAUAAUCGUUAACUGAGUGUUUUUCAGCGUCGUUUAUUUUGUUUAGUGUAUAUACCGCGUUUCCUUUGUUCAGUGUACAUAUAGUGUUUUGUUUCGUUUGGGAUUGAGGAACUAUGAACCCCUCGCCGCGAAAGCGCAAAGCUGCUGCUUUGGUUGUCGCACUGCUACCUGAGCUUUUGGGUGAAGGCAGUGAAAGGUCGCCAAAAAGGAAGAGACCGUGGGUGAAGGCGAUAUCGAAGGCCCAUUCACAAGUUGGCGCGCAAAACAGCCUACUUCCUGUCCUUCGGCUGAGCGACGACGACUUCAGGGGCUACUUGCGGAUCAGCUCGACUGAUUUUGAAGAGCUUAUCUCCGGCAUCCGUGAGGCUGUGGAGUGUGAGGACACUUUGAUGCGACCAGCUUUAACGGUAGAGGAGCAGCUGACCAUCACGCUCCGUUUCUUAGCCACAGGAGAGUCGUUCCACUCUCUUCACUAUCAGUACUGCGUUGGUACCAGUACAAUCCACAACAAGGUGAAGAAAGUCUGUGGAGCAUUGUGCGACUACCUGAUUCCCCGGUACAUGAGGCUGCCGGCUACCAGUGCUCAGUGGGAAGAGGUUGCCGACAAGUUUUUUGCCCGUUGGCACUUCCCCCAUUGUCUCGGUGCUCUAGACGGCAAGCAUGUCAGAAUUCGGUGUCCUCCAAAGGCUGGCUCUUCGUUCUUUAAUUAUAAGGGUCACCACAGUAUUGUGCUGAUGGCACUUGUGGACGCAGAUAAGAAGGCCAUCUUCGUGGAUGCCGGAGUGAAUGGGAGGUGCAACGACUCCAUCACCUUUCGUGCAACGGAGUUGUUCCGGAAGCUUGACAGCGGGGACUGCAACAUCCCUCAGCCUGUCCCACUUCCUGGCCAGACAGUUCCAACGGGGUUUGCUGUCGUCGCAGAUGCUGCAUUUCCCCUGAAGAAGUACAUGCUGAGGCCUUAUGCUCAGAAAGAUCUGCAGCAGAAGGCAAACCGCGUUUACAACUACAGGCAUUCGCGAGCCCGGCAUGUGGUUGAAGCAUUCUUCGGCAUAAUGAGCUCGCGGUUCCGUGUCCUGCUGACGGAGAUCAAUGGCUUGCCUGAAAACGUGACACGGAUUGUCCUUGCAUGUUGUGCUCUACACAACUUUGUAAGCCACAAGGGAAACCAGCAGCCCACGUCGCAAGCAACAGGAGGACUCGAGGACCUCGAGGGGUAUGGUGCCAAGUCAUCAGAUGAGGCUCGAACGAUGAGGGACCGCUUCAGGGAAUACUUUGUGAGCGAGCGUGGUGCCCUGCCCUGGCAGGACAAAUACCUAGAUGCACACUAAACUACCACCACUGCUGUGUCCCGGGCCACACACACCCAGCAGUUCUUCUGAAUGACCUGGUGCAAUGCCUCAUCAUUCUUGCCCUUCCUGGACAUUCCAUCAUCACCAAUCAGGACUCAUGUACACCGUCUCCUUUGGUCCCUGUGUAUUGGGUAGUUCAUCAUGGCCCUUAAAGAGUACCCUCAGAAGAUUAUCCUCCAAAGUGUGUUGGAACUGUGUAAAUGACAAGAGUGGUUCUGCAUGGGGAGCAACUUUCUUUGUACUAUAUUCUACCUCACAUUUUGCUCUUGUUUAAAUGUGUAUGCAGCCACAUGUGUACACCACUGCCACUACCAUUGAGCAAACACAACUUUAGC